CCAUAUACGUGCUGGAUAAGAAGAAGAUGGGAGAAAGAAAGAAGCGAGAGAGAAUAAGAGAGGGGAGUAAAAAGUUAAGAGAAGCGAACAAUAAAAUGAUCGUCUUGGCUUUGACAGCGAUUAACGCGAAUAGGGUUAAGUGCGACUUGGCACUUUUUAUCGGAUUUUCUCCAACUGAAAUUUCUAAACUUGGCAAGGAUCGUUAAACAGUAAGAAAACAUUCGGGAAGAAACGUUCUUUCUCGUUCUCUCGCUCUCUCUCUCUCUCUCUAGCUCUAUCUCCAUGUCCUUACGUCAUCUUGACAACGCAAUGUGCUGCACCGUGUGCACUCGGAUUCGUUCGAAUGAAUCGGCCACUUUUUGUUGUGUGAUCGCGUGAGAUAUACAAGCAAAGUUGUACGACUAAAUAUCUCAAAGAGUGAUUUAAGAUUAUGGAUACUACAAGCGCUCCGAAUCUAAAUGCCGAAAUCUAUAGAAAUUUAACACCGGCUGAUCGUCCACCGUUUUCCGACAAACAUUUACAAUUUAUAUUAGUAUACAAUGAAAAUAGCGCUAUUCUUGGUGCUAGCAAUAUGACAGAUCGUUUCUGGGCUGGUACUAUGUGGUAUUAUAAUGAUAUAUCAGACUUUAAUAGAUGCAAGGCUUUUUUAACGACUAGAACUAUAAGUGGUAUAUCUACCGGAGCAUAUCUAGAGAAAGACAAAUUCGUAAUCGGCGAAGAUAGCGGUCUGUUACAAAUUUUGGGCCUAGUAGAAAUACCAGAUCUGGAUCAACAGGAAUUACAAUCUUUAGGAUAUGCUUGUCAACAUGACGAUACCCUUACAACGGUGUCAGUAUUUUCUGACAAUGCACAUUUAGUGACCGGUGGAAUGGAUUGUUGUAUAAAGGUAUGGGAUAUAUCUAAUCUAAUGUCUAUAGAUUCAUUCCAUUCUAGUCAUAUAGAUGUUGUAACUGGAAUUGAUGUACAACAAGGAAGUAAUUCUGUAUUUAUAUCUUCGUCAUUAGAUAACUGUGCUUUGAUGUGGGAUACAAGAAAACGAAAACCUGCGCAAUGUAUUUUCGAAAAAGAUGGCUGUGGUUUGACGUCGGUAUCCUGCAAUCCUGUCUCUAAUAACAUUGUAGCGAUAGGUGCAAACGAUGGAAGCGUCACAUUAAUAGACAUUAGAAACACGGACGAUGUGUUAUUUGAGUCAUUAGUAUUUUCCAGAUCAAUACAUAAGCUUUUAUUUAAUCCAAAUCCAGAAAGGUCAAGACAGUUAGCUUGUUGCUGCGAUGAUAUUGUAGUUAAAGUUCUUGAUACAAAUGAAGAUUGUACUGUUAUUUAUAAAGAUAAUAGACAUACAGAUUUUGUACGAGGACUCACGUGGUACAACGAUCAACUGUUGUCAUGUUCCUGGGAUGAUAAGAUUUUAAAACAUACAAUCUAAUUUUGUAUGAUCCAACAUUAUAGUUAUCAUUUUUAUAUUAAGAUUAACUGUGAUCAUUUUAAUAAAAUAGAAAUAUUAAUGUUUCUCUAUACAUUUUAAUGCAGUAUUCAUUUCAUUGUUGCUUCAUUUACAAAUUUGCUUAGAAUAUUUUUUUUUUCAGAACCAGGGACCAAAACAAUUCCAUGUUUACAAAUAAUUUUAAAUUUCAAGAAUUUUUCAAACGUUCCUCAAAUAUGUAAAAAUAUAUCGGAAUGUAGUCUUGUAUAUAACUAUUGGUAGUAGUAUCUCCAAAGAUUCGUUUUCUCUAUGCUGGUCAUAAUUUGGAAUAAAAUUUCACAUCCCCAAUUGAUAUAAAUGAAAAUUCGUUACGUCGAAAUUGAAAUAUUUAUUCGUUGUGAAGUAAACAAAAAAAGAAAAAAAAAA